CACGUUUACGGUCUCCUUUACGGUAAUUUUGACUGUCAGGCGCGGAUUUUGUAAACAAAGCUAACUGUGUCACUUUGACUGGGCUCGAAUCGGUUCAUUAUAUCAACAAGUCUAUAAAACUUCCUAUUCAUUUUCUUUUCUUUAUCGAUUUUCCAUAAACUAAAAGUUAAUUUGUUUAGCUGGAGAAAACUUUUUAGCCGUCUGAGAAACUUUCUGAGAGCUGCCACGAUGCUUUUAGCACAUCCCUGCUAGCUAAGAUGCUAACCGAGCGGAAGAGCAGCAGAACCGGGGAGGCUGAGUCCGAGGGCAGCCGCUGCUGCUUCAUGUGACAGCGGGCCAGGCAUGCUGAUAGCGCACCUCCUCGGCAGAUCCACGCUUCGAUCGGGACUACUGCGGGCGAGGACGGGCUUUUCCUGGGCGACACGGAGCCGCUGGUGCUCGGACGCAGCGCAGGGGGCAGACAUGAUUCGCAGCCGAGCUCAGAUCAAGCGGGUCCUUUGCGUGGCCGAGAAGAACGAUGCAGCCAAAGGCAUCUCUGAGAUCAUGUCUGGCGGCAGAGCCAGGAGGAGAGAAGGAUUUUCGAAGUUCAAUAAAAUAUAUGAGUAUGAAUAUAAUCUUUUUGGCCAGAAUGUGACAGUGACAAUGACCUCAGUGUCAGGCCAUUUGCUGGGUCUGGAGUUCAAAGCGCCUUUCCAGAAAUGGCACAGCUGCAGUCCCGUGUUGCUGUUUGAUGCAGAGGUAGAGAAGAUUUGCCCGGACAACAUGGUUCAAAUCAAGCGGACUCUGGAGAAGGAAGCGAGGCAGUGCCAGGCGCUGGUCAUCUGGACUGACUGUGACCGGGAGGGAGAAAACAUUGGUUUUGAAAUCAUUGACGUUUGCAAAGCAGUAAAACCCAAUUUGCAAAUCUUUCGAGCGAAGUUUUCGGAGAUCACUCCCAACUCGAUUCGAAGAGCGUGUGAGACGCUGACGGAGCCCGACUGCAACGUCAGCGACGCAGUCGAUGUCCGGCAGGAGCUGGAUCUGCGGAUAGGUGCGUCCUUUACCCGGUUCCAGACGCUUCGCCUGCAGAAGAUCUUCCCCGAGUCUCUGGCCAAUCAGCUGAUCUCAUACGGCAGCUGUCAGUUUCCCACCCUGGGAUUUGUGGUGGAGCGCUUCAAAGCCAUUCAGGCUUUUAUACCCGAGACUUUCUACAAGAUCAAAGUGCUCCAUGAGGUGGAAGACGACAGUGUUGAGUUCAGCUGGAAGAGAAACCGUCUCUUCCAUCACACAGCUUGUCUGGUGCUCUACCAGAUCUGCAUGGAGGAUCCCAUAGCAACAGUCACCUCAGUAACAAGCAAACCCAAGAGCAAAUGGAGACCACUGCCUUUGGACACUGUGGAACUGGAGAAACUGGCGUCUAGGAAGCUCAGAAUAAAUGCCAAAGAGACGAUGAAGAUUGCUGAAAAGCUUUAUACUCGAGGGUUAAUCAGCUAUCCUCGCACAGAAACCAACAUAUUUCCUGCAAACCUUCCCCUGGCGCCCCUGGUGGAGCAGCAGGCGCAGAGUCCGGAGUGGGGGACGUUUGCCCAGCGGGUUCUGGACCAGCCUGGGGGCCCCAACCCACGGCAGGGCAAAAACUCUGACCAGGCCCACCCUCCCAUACACCCCACCAAGUACACCAACACGCUGCAGGGCAACGAAGCACGUGUGUAUGAGUUCAUCGUGCGGCACUUCCUGGCCUGCGUUUCCCAGGACGCUUUGGGGCACGAGACGGUGGUGGAAAUAGAAAUUGCUCAGGAGAAGUUCUCCACAUCUGGACUCAUGAUUAUUGCAAGGAAUUACCUGGACGUCUACCCGUACGAGAGGUGGAGCACAAAGCUGAUACCAGUUUAUGAGCAGGGCUCCCAGUUCCAGCCCUCCGCUAUUGAGAUGGUGGACGGACAGACGAGUCCGCCUCAGCUGCUGACCGAAGCCGACCUCAUAUCCCUGAUGGAGAAGCACGGCAUCGGAACGGAUGCCACACACGCAGAACACAUCGAGACCAUUAAGAGUCGCAUGUACGUCGGUCUGACUGCGGACCAGAGGUUUCUCCCCGGGGAGCUCGGCAUGGGACUAGUGGAGGGUUACAACUCCAUGGGCUACGAGAUGUCGAAACCCAACCUGCGCGCCGAGCUGGAGGCCGACCUCAAGCUGGUGUCGGAGGGCAGGAAGGACAAGCGGAGCGUUCUGCAGCACCACAUCCAGAAAUACAAAGCUGUCUUCAUAGAGUCCGUGAGGAAGGCGAAGAAGUUAGACGAGGCUCUGUCGCCGUACCUGGGCGCAGCUCUGGAGCUGCCCGACGCAGAGCAGCUGGACAUGGAGGUCCCGCUGCCGGUCAGGAAGUGUCCUAACUGUGGGCGGGACAUGGUGCUGAAGAAGAAGAGGGAGGGAAACAGUAGGUUUCUGGCCUGUGUGGGCUUCCCGGCCUGUAAGACGGCCGUCUGGUUCCCGGACGCGGUGCUGGAGGUCAGCAGGGACGACGGGGUUUGUCCCACAUGUCAACCGAGCCCCAUUCACCUGCUGAAGUUUAAGUUCCGCAGAGGCAGCGUUCCUCCCAUGAUGCCUCUGGAAUUUGUUGGCUGCAUCGGUGGCUGCGACGAGACGCUCAGAGAAGUUUUGGACCUCAAGUACCUUGGAGGAGGAGGAGGAGGAAGAGGAAGAGGAGAAGGACGAAGCAGAGGACCGGGAGAUGCUACAGGAUGGAGUGGAGGAGGAGGAGGAGAUGAUGCUCCGCCUCCGAGACCGCCACCGCCCAGACCCUCCAUGCCUCCUGUUCCCGCCUGGACCUCCCAGCCCAGACCUCCACCAGGUGGCAGUGGCGUCCGCGUGGAAGCCAGUAGCGACGUGAUCGUCUGCAACUGCGGCCAGGACGCGCUCCUCCUGACGGUGCGCAAAGACGGCCUCAACCAAGGCCGUCAGUUCUACAAAUGCAACUCCGGGGCCUGCAACUUCUUCCUGUGGGCGGAUCAGCCGAGUCAGCAGGGGGCGCCGCCGCAGAGCAGAGGGCCCCCGCUGUCGGCGCAUAGGUCUCCUCAGGCUCCCAGGGCCUCGCUGGGGUUCGGGAACACGUCCGGAGGCGGCAGAGGGCACACUGUGUGCAACUGCAACGACAACGCCGUGACCCGCACGGUGCAGAAGGACGGCCCCAACAAGGGCCGCAUGUUCCACACCUGCGGGAAGCCGAGAGACCAGCAGUGCGGCUUCUUCCAGUGGGCUGACGAGAACGUACCUCCACCAGCAAAAUCAAACUUCUCCAUGUCUCCUUCCUCGUCUUCCUUCGGUGGAGGAUUUAACGCAUUUAACGAAGACGGAGGGAAGACGGGGAGGAAGACGGCGGGAGACGGCGCCGCCGGCAGAGCUCCCGCUGCGAGGAAACCGCGGACCUGCGGCAUCUGCCACAUGCCGGGACACACCCGCGUCACCUGCCCUCAGCGGUGACCAACCGGAUCCGGAGCGCCGUGACGUCGCCAAGACGCCACCGGUUUUGCUUUGCGGUGGACAAUAACGAGCGUGUUUAUCAAGUGCCUCUUCGCAGCAGGUAGACAUCCCCUGGUUUCGCAACUCUUCCCGUAAAGUGAAAACAGGUUCGACUGCAGGACCAACGGCUGUAAACAGAUUCAAGAGAGCAGAGUUGCGCCUCUGAACAAUGGCAUGAAAGAGAAACUAAAACUCUGUUUGUUCUGCUCUGAUCCGAUCUCCUCUCCGAGGACAGCUCAAGGUUUCAUGUGUCAUACGUAACUCUUUUCUUUUUUUUACCCCUUGAGUUGAAAGACAGAGGAGGGGAGGUUUAAAAUAAUCAGAACCAAAAUUAGAUGCACGUUGAACUCUUUUAAGAAGGGGAAUUUAAGCCUGUUUCGCUAAAGUAAAACUGUUAAGUCGAGGCUCUUUUACGGCCAGAGGGAAACAUCCAGGGAGAGACCCAGCGCCGCACACGACGGUGCUGGACUACUUUUAAAAACUUGUAGGUGUUUGUAACCACGGCAACUCGGAAGAUGCUCGACAAGUUAAUUGUUCGUUUUUCUCUGCUGGCCCUUGGAUCGGAUGUGUCCUUUCCCCCCAUCCAGCCACGGAGAAGUGUGUUAAAUAAAAGGCAGGCAGGUCACGACUGUCUGAAGGUGUAAUUAGCUAUACUUUAUUUAAAAUGCUGACUUUUACUAGUAAUAAUUUAAACCAGAAAAGUAUUUUACUGUCAUGUUAUUUUUGUUGACGCGUGAAGCGUUUAUUAAAACACAAAGCCAUUAAAAAGGAAUGGUCA